ACGAGAGAGACUGGAGAUAAAGUGUUGCCGGACUUCGGCCCGGUGAGAAGACCAGUAGAGAUGCUGAAGCAAUUGCAGAUGGGGAUGAGAGCUUUUCUCUUGAUGGCCUCCCGUGUGUGGACUUGUGUCUGCUUUCUCCUCAAGAAGCAGGUUAGAGCCAUAUCACAAAUGCAACCUGUUAAAUAUGAAAUCUUCCCACUGUCUCCAUUGUCAAGGCACAGGCUUUGUAUAGUUCACAGGAAAGUAUUAGUAUUGGAUUUAGAUGAAACAUUAAUUCAUUCUCAUCACGAUGGAGUAGCAAGGCCAACUGUUAGGCCUGGUACACCUCCAGAUUUUGUUCUUAAGGUGACAAUAGACAGACAUCCGGUCAGAUUUUUUGUUCAUAAAAGACCACAUGUAGAUUUCUUUUUAGACAUUGUUAGUCAAUGGUAUGAACUAGUGGUCUUCACUGCUUCCAUGGAAAUCUAUGGAGCAGCUGUUGCGGAUAAGUUAGAUAACAACAGAGGUAUUCUAAGACGCAGAUAUUAUAGGCAACAUUGUACACCAGAAAUGGGUUCUUAUACUAAAGACCUGUCUGCAAUUUGUCCAGACCUGGCAUCGGUCUUUAUACUUGAUAAUAGUCCUGGAGCCUACAGAGCUUACCCACAUAACGCGAUACCAAUCAAGUCGUGGUUUAGCGACGCGGGGGACACGGCUCUGUUGAGUUUACUCCCAGUUUUGGAUGCACUACGUUUCACGCAAGACGUGCGGUCCGUUCUUUCCAGGAAUUUACAUUUACAUCAUACUUGGUAGCAUAGCCCGGAUUGAUCGAAGCGUUAGAUUUAUUAGAGAUCGAACUGCGAAAAACAAUUUAGCGUGUUUAAUCUAGGAUUAUUAUUGUUACGGAUAAUAGACAUUAGGAUGCUGCCUGAAUGAUGAGACGAUGAUCCCUUUACCCUGUCCUCGUUUUCUACGCUCGUUAACACGACAAAACAAAAUACGGAACCGUAGCGAGUAAGAUUAAGAAGAAAAGGGAGUGGGACCUUCAACCGAACUAUUUAUGUCAGCACAAAACAUCCUGGUAUAUUUUUCGUUAUGUUCAUGUGUGCGCAAUAAUUAAUAUAUACACAUAUAUUCAUACACACACACAGAGAGAGAGAGAGACACGCGCGCGCGCAUACACAUACACCACAUUUUCUUAAAAAGAUAUAUUUGCCAAAGAUCGAGUUCUUGAAAUAACACGGACUCGUAUACUUCACACUAAAUAAUUUUGUUCUAAGUAAAGAUAUUAUACUGAAUGUUUUUU